GCCAUACAGCCAAUACAGCAUUCAUCCCUCCAUAUCUUGUAUGUUGUACGUACCAUAUGACCAUAUUGCCAAUGAGUGCGCAAUAGCCGAGUAACAGCAAGCCAGCGCUGAGGCAGCUUGUUGUUAUCCGUUUUGUGAGCAACCGUUCUUGAGUAAACAUUGCAAGUGCCGAGGAAGUGUCGAGGAAUACUACGAGGCGGCACCAUGUCUCUGAACACUGCUCAUGCGCCGGGCGGCGUUCUCAUCUUCAAAGGCGAGUUCAUUCUGCUCUACUGUGACGGAGUGGAACUGACGUUCGAGGGUUCGGAUGCACAUCAGUUCCAUGGCACCAAGAAAGGACGCAUCUACCUCACCACACACCGGAUGGUGUUCACCAACAGCAACAGCAAAGACUUCCUGCAGUCGUUCAGCUUUCCUUUCUUCACCAUGAGUAGCCUUGGCCUGGAGCAGCCAAUCUUCGGUGCAAACUACAUCAAGGGCACUGUCAAGGCCGAACAGAACGGGAACUGGACGGGCAAGUGCACCUUCAAGCUGAAGUUUAUGAAGGGAGGUGCGAUUGAGUUUGGCCAGGCCAUGAUGGAGGCUGGAAAGACGGCAUCCCAGCAUGCGGCUGGAAUGGCUCCCCCGCCGUACUUCCCGCCUCCGGGUCCCUACUACUGCCCCCCUCCGCCUGCGUACACGCCAGGCCAAGGGGUGGACUACGGCUUCAACAUUCCCUACAAUGUGUUUCCCGACGCACCUCCAGCCAACUCCGUGUUCAUGAGCGACAUGCCACCCCCGUACCCCGGUGUCAAUGGUCCCCCCCAGUACUACCCUGGCGGCUACCCGGCAGGGGCGCCCCCGAGCUACCCCAAUGGUGUGGUGCCGCCCAGUGGUCCCGCACCUGCACCGGGUUUCAACGUGCCCCAGGCUGGAUACUCGGGACCCCCUCCUGCACAGCCCUCCGGACCCUAUCAGUGUAUGUGUGCUUCACCUAUCAUGCCUAGGCACACUCUCCCAAAUGCCACAUGAGGUUGGAUAAUCAAU